AUGGGCGGCGAGGCGGACAAGGAUGUAGUGCCGCUCAUGGAGGACGGGUUCGUGACGGAUUGGGACCUGAUGAAGAAGGUGUGA